CCCCGAAAUCAAAAAGGGCCAACAUGUGGAGCACAAGAAGAGAAGAAAACAAUCUUCUGUGACAUCACAAUUAGUUUUAUGACAUAUCCGUGGAAUAUCAUCCCAAGAAGCUGGAUAAGAAAACUUCUGGCUUCUCAUUCAUGCCCGAGACUUUGACACCUCCAGGCGUCUAGGGUGAUGUUCAUCUAUAUUAAACAUGCAGGUAUGACAAGUAUUUAUGUUAUCAAGUAUUUUUCGCAUUUUAUGUUAUGGUCCUAGAAGUUGUAUUAAACACCAUUUCCUAUUUCCACCCUAUUCUCUCAGACAACCAGCAGUUUCUGGCCAAUACCAACUGUCCGAUGGCUCUGCUGCUGCAGUACAUGAGAGCUAAGAUGGGCCUUCCAGACGAAGAGCUGGUGGACCUGUGCGAUGACCACGGGGCUCUGAAGCUUCUCUUUCUGUCCCAGCAGCCUCAGGAGAGUGCCAGCCGACUGCUGACUGCACGCUCCGCCCUCACUUUCUGCAUCGUUAACCGAAACCCCAAGGAUGGUGCCUAUGUUUCCAUUACCCCGCUUGUGGCCAACCCAGACCCGGCUCUUUUGGAGAGCAUGCAGACUCAGACAGACAUCCUGGAGCAGGCUCGACUCAGACAGCUCCGUUCUCAGGAGGAAUGUAGAGAGAUUGAGGCACUCUCCCUGUCCCAACACACACAAACUACUAAGAGCCGGGGCCGUUCUGUGCAAAUGGACGUCCCUGACGACGAACCAUCCAAUCGUCGGACUGGAGGCGGGAGGAGCAAGAAUUAAGCAAACCUGUCUUUUAUAAUAAUUUCCACAUAAAGAUGGAAGCAUGGUCAAGUGGGCCCUGGCUGAGGCUGUUUAGGCUAGCUCGUUUAUCUGUGUUGAAUGAUACGGUUGUCAUGAACAUUGAACAAACAUUGUGUUAGUUUGUGCACUCUGAGCCUUCAUGGAACUCUUAAUCAAAAAUCAUCUGAUUCUUGUGUGACCAUUAGUCAUAUCAAACUUGAACCUGAAUAUACAGAGUAUUACCCUGUAUUAGUUCCAAUUCUCCUCCCUUUAAGAACUUGGGGUUUUCCCAGGAAAGGGGUCUGUACUGCAACGCUGAAGUGAUUUUGCAUCGUGAUCAAUGAUUUACAGUGAACUAAGUUGUUGUACCAAAUAUGACCACAAGGGAGAGAUAACAUUUAACAGCUCGUGGUAAGCAUAUUCUUUGUUGUUUCACUGUUUAGUUCAUGCCUAUGUUGGAUCUGUUAAUGUGAAUAAAAGACAAUGUCUUAAUGGGA